CUAGUUGCGGGACGCCACUUCCUUCCGGUUGUGACGCGCGGCAGCGGCAGCGAGAGACAUGUCGGCCUUCACUGAGGAGUACAGCGCCGAGCCUUCAAGAGAUGACACUUCGCAUUCUAAAGGGGAAGCGACCACAAGUAAUAAAUAUGAUCCAUAUGCUUACAAUGCUGAAUACGACCUGCACACAGGGGAUCCCAAGCAGGACCUGGCUUACGAGCGUCAGUAUGAACAGCAGACGUACCAUGUGAUCCCAGAAGUCAUAAAGAACUUUAUCCAGUAUUUUCACAAGACGGUGACUGACCUGAUUGACCAGAAGGUGUACGAGUUGCAGGCGAAUCGUGUGACCAGCGACCUGAUCGAGCAGAAGCUGUAUGAGAUCCAGGACAUCUACGAGAACAGCUGGAACAAACUGACCGAACGCUUCUUCAAAACCUCACCCUGGCCAGAGGCUGAGGCCAUCGCCUCCAUCUGUCGCAACGAUGUUGUUUUCCUGAUUCUGUAUAAGGAGCUGUACUACAGGCACAUCUACGCCAAAGUCAGCGGAGGGCCCACACUGGAACAGAGAUUCGAGUCGUAUUACAAUUACUGUAACCUCUUCAACUACAUUCUCAAUGCUGACGGACCCGUUCCUUUAGAGCUUCCUAACCAAUGGCUUUGGGAUGUCAUUGAUGAGUUCAUUUACCAGUUCCAAUCUUUCAGUCAGUAUCGGUGUAAAACCGCUAAGAAAACGGAUGAGGAGAUUGAAUUCCUUCGGUCCAAUCCCAAAAUCUGGAAUGUGCACAGCGUCCUCAACGUGCUGCAUUCUCUGGUCGACAAAUCAAACAUCAACCAGCAGCUGGAGGUGUACACAAGUGGAGGUGACCCAGAGAGCGUGGCUGGGGAUUACGGACGUCACUCCCUAUAUAAGAUGUUGGGAUAUUUCAGCUUGGUGGGACUUCUGCGUCUCCAUUCACUUCUGGGAGAUUAUUACCAGGCCAUCAAAGUGCUGGAGAACAUUGAACUCAAUAAGAAGAGCAUGUACUCCCGAGUGCCAGAAUGCCAGGUCACAACCUAUUACUAUGUGGGAUUUGCCUACUUGAUGAUGCGUCGCUACCAGGAUUCCAUCCGAGUGUUUGCCAACAUCCUGCUGUACAUCCAGAGAACCAAGAACAUGUUCCAGCGAUCCACUUACAAAUAUGAGAUGAUCAAUAAGCAGAACGAGCAGAUGCACAGCCUUCUGGCCAUCGCCCUGACUCUGUACCCCAUGAGGAUUGAUGAGAGCAUCCACACCCAGCUCCGAGAGAAGUACGGAGACAAGAUGAUCCGGAUGCAGAAGGGGGACCCACAGAUCUUCGAGGAGCUGUUCAGUUUCGCCUGCCCCAAGUUCUUGUCGCCUGUGGUGCCAAACUAUGAUGCUGUUCAUGCCAAUUACCACAAGGAGCCCUUCCUGCAGCAGCUGAAGGUGUUCAUGGAUGAGGUGCAGCAGCAGUCUGUGCUCUCCACCAUCCGCAGUUUCCUGAAGCUCUACACCACCAUGCCUGUGGCUAAGUUGGCCGGCUUCCUGGACAUGUCAGAGCAGGAAUUCCGCAUCAACCUCCUGGUUUUCAAGCACAAGAUGAAGAACCUGGUGUGGACAAGUGGCGUCUCAGCGCUGGACGGGGAGUUUCAGUCGGCCUCGGAGGUGGACUUCUACAUUGACAAGGACAUGAUUCACAUCGCAGACACCAAGGUGGCCCGGCGUUAUGGUGAUUUCUUCAUCCGGCAGAUUCAUAAAUUUGAAGAGCUGAACAAAAGCUUGAAGAAAAUCAGCCCACGAUAAUCCAAUUACUUUUCAGAAGGACUGAGUGAAGAAGGUUGCUAUCUGGGGUCUAUGGUUUCAGUAUCUGAUUGCUAAUGGGUGGGUGCACUGCCUGGAGGCUGGUGCUAUGCCGUGGAGCAAUUACAAGCUCAAAAUCAUCAAAGACUAAAAAUCAAUAAACACACUUUGUUUUAUAAUUUGACGGAUCGGAUCCAGUUUCCCUGACAGUUUUUGACUGUUUUCUAUACGUUGCUAUUCUCGGUUACACAGUUGCCUACAUGGCCUUGUUACUUGCUUAAAUCCCAAACAAUGGCUGUUCAGAUGUACUUCAUGUCAAAACAGGGCAAGGAAAUCUCACUUCCCCUCCCUCCACAGGCAGAUUUACAGAUAACAAACAGACCCUCACCAACUACAGCUGAAUAUUGGUAAUUCGGAGAGUUCGGUGUAUACAACCCAGCGUUAGGUCAACCAGAUAUCUGCCCUUCAGUGUGACUGACAUUAUUCCUGUUACAAUUCAGAUGUAUUCAGUUACUAAAUUAAACCUCCACCGAACCACAUUUAUCAAUAAAAUAAUAAACC